AUGCAUCCAAAGUGCAACCUCCCUUUGAGCCGUUCCCUUCCCCUUGUCUGCAUCUGCUCACUAUUCAGUUUUCUUUCAGGCGUCGGCAUUGGCGCGAACGAUUUAAGUGCGAAUUUUGCCAUGGUGGUAGGGAGCGGCUCCCUUAAUAUGCGUCAGGCAGUUUUCUACUGCACGGUAUUUGAGUUACUUGGCGCCGCCUUCAUGGGUGGGCAUGUCAGUGGGACGAUUCGAAAAGGGAUUGUUGAUCCUGCGUUGUUCACUCUGGAUCGAGACAUGGUGCUCAUUGGCAUGACAUGUGCAAGUUUUGCGGCAGCUGUAUGGCUUUAUCUUUCCACUGUACUUGGGCUGCCCGUGUCGAUCACCCACACGGUGGUGGGAUCCAUCCUUGGAUUUGCCGUCUUCUCUAGUGGCUCUUUCCAAUACGUGCAGCCACGCGGCAUUGUAAAAAUUUUGGUUUCAUGGCUGCUUGCCCCUCCGGUUGCUGGGGCUGUGACGGCGGGUAUAUUCUAUCUUCUCCGCAAGUACAUAUUGACGGUUAAGGGACGUUCCUUUCAGAACGCCUUGUGGUCGCUGCCGUACUGUCUGAUAUUUUCCCUUCUCAUUGACCUUAUGUUUGUUGUGAUUGAGCAGCCACCCGUUAUCACUGUGACGAUUGCAAAAUUUCUGCCCGUCGAUGUGCAAUAUCUUUUUUUCCUCUUGGCAAUCCUUUUUGCCUGCUGGAUUGCUUCCUCCGCGGUCUUUCCACGUCUAGCGGAGGAGUCAUGGAAAUUGAAAUCAUUUGUCUGGGAGUCGGAGGUGCUGCGCACGGAGGAGGAGGAUGCCGAGUCAAGAGCCGCGGCACGCUGCACGGAGACCGAGGGCGGCGAUGGGCGGAUGCAACACUUUUUUUUUGCUUCUACCGAUCAUGGGACGGCGGUUUCCGAGAUCCAUACGGAGAAUACUGGGAGUGUGCCCCUGCCACGGAAGGUCGCGGCACUUAUGCACGAUUCCGGUAGCUUUUUCCUGUCGACAUUGGGCUCGGUUAGGGUGCAGUUGCUUCCCCAACAUAGCGUCCGGGCUGCACCCGUGACGCGCAACUCGAUUCAUUCAGCGUCUUUUCCAAAGAAGGGUGAGGCACAGUCCAUGGCGUCGGCGUCCACUGUCUCCUACGGCGCGGUGGCGAAUGUGGAAGAUGAACCGAAGGCAUCCGUUGACGUGGGUUUGAACGAUGAGUUUAUGGAGGAGGACUGGGGGUUGGACCGCCCGAUGCAGCCGAUAAACUUCCGUGGAAUUAGUAUUAAACCAUUUAAUCCACGAGCGGAGUACCUGUUCACCGCGCUGCAAGUUGUCGCGGGCAGCAUGUCUAGUUUUGUGCACGGGGCUGUGGCUGGGGCGAAUGCAACCGCCGCCUUUGUCAUUUUUUACGAUACCUUUGCGGUGUCGGAGCUUGGAGAGGAACCGCUUGGCAGCAGCUGGGCUGUGUUGCCAGCGAUGCUGGGCAUCGCCAUCGGCAUGUUCACGCUGGGGGCACGUUUGAUGAAGACUGUCGGAGUGGAGCUGGUGACUGUGACCCCGGCACGUGGGUGGUGUAUUCAGGCUGGCAGUACCCUCGUCACGAUGAUUCUCACGGGCAUCGGAAUUCCCGUCUCGCUGUCGCAGGCGCAGGUGGGUGCGGCCAUUGGGUGCGGCCUGCUGGACGCACGGACGAGGGGUGUAGAGUGGGGCAUCGUAUUGAAGAUUGCCUGCGGGUGGGUGGUGACGCUCGCGAUAAGCGCUGCCACAACAGGCGUCUCCAUGUGGCUGUUGGCCUCCUUUUACUGCGCCUAA